CACACCGUCCAAGUGUUUUAUUGCAAAUUAAGAAAGAUGCGUUAGUGCUACUGAGUGUAUUCAUUUCUUACUUUCACAAACUGAAAUUCCCAAAUGUUUUAUCUAAUAUCAAUCAAUCUUUCGGGUUAAGGAAGCACGUGGCAUGCGCGUGGUGAGGAGACAUGGAGCAAUAAAAUUGUCACUAUGUCGUUUGUGUUUUUGGAAUCUGGGCAACUAAUAAGCAUGAUGGACACUCUAUAAAUAGGAAAACGCUGGACCACACCGCAAUAAACUUUUUUGCAAACUUUGAACUGGAGUGACGACAUUUGUUUGGUGCACUGUUUGGAAAACCCAAUAUAAUGCCAUAAAAUGCGUUUUUCUUUCCUUUUCUCCGUUUGCUGAUUAUAGUUUUAGUUUCGAUUUUGUGGUGCUGGCUAGAAGAUUAACGUAGGUGCUACUGAUCAACAGGGAAUUCAACAUCGACAAGACGUAAGACAAUGAACAUUCUAGGGAGUAUAACACUGAUCUGUGCCUUAACUGCAGUGGCGCUGUCUGAGAAAGUACGGUACGAUGGACACAAGGUGCUCAAUAUCAUUCCACGCACUGCAAGGGAUGUACACGACAUCGUAAAAAUGGAGGAGGAAUUCCAGCUUGACUUUUGGCACCUCCCAAAAUACCUCAACGACAGUCUCCAUGUGAGAGUAGGCCCACAUUCUCUCGAACCUUUUCUAGCCAAAUUACGGCAAAUGGAGACGGCCGUAAGCAUCUGGAUCAAUGACGUGCAAAGCCUGAUAGACACGGAGGACAGAAGACGGAGAGAGCGGCGUUCAGUUAAGUUUAAUGAUGCGUUUAUCGAUCUGGAGUGGAAAUAUUUCACACUAGAUGAAAUCAACCAGUAUGUUAUAUGGCAGGCUCAACAAAAUAGCUCGUACAUGAGCGUGGAUUACUUCCCGAACAGAACUGUCGAUGAAAACGAAAUACAUGUAGUGAAGAUAUCUCACCCGGAAAAAAAGGUUAAUCAAUCGAUUUUUAUUGACUGUGGAAUUCACGCUAGAGAAUGGAUAUCGCCUGCCUUUUGUUUGCAUGCUAUCAAACAGUUACUACAUGGUAACCACUCGCUGCUAAGUGAUUUCAACUGGCAUAUCGUCCCCGUUCUUAACCCAGACGGUUAUGCCUACAGUCACAAUAUGGACCGACUGUGGAGAAAGAACCGACGAGUAAACGGAGAAAGUCUUAAUUGUCGUGGUGUAGAUUUAAAUCGCAACUUCGGCUUCAUGUACGACCCAGGUACCGGAGGAAGUAUGGAUGCCUGUUCCGACAUUUACACAGGUACUGAAGCCUUUAGUGAAGUGGAGUCGGACGGUAUCAGUCGCUACAUUUUGGACAAUUCGGAUCAGAACUUUGUCGCUUAUCUGACUGUUCACUCGUACGGUCAGAUGUGGCUCUUUCCUUGGGGAUAUACUUCUGAAAAGCCGGAAGACUACGCUGACCUGGAAAGCGCCGGAUUUGCCGCCAUCGAAGCACUGUAUGCGCAGAGCCGCACCCGAUACAGUUUGGGAACGUCGACUGAAGUUUUAUAUUCGGCAGCCGGAGGAUCCGAUGACUGGGCUAAGGGUGCAGCGGAAAUAAAAUAUUCGUACACUCUAGAACUAAGGGACAAAGGACGAUAUGGUUUCCAGUUACCUGAGGACCAAAUUUCUGAUACUGUCACAGAAACUUGGGAAGGGGUCAAAGCUCUAGCUAAAGAACUCAAAGCAAGAAUUUCUGGUGUUCCCUCCUAAAUUUCCACUACUCUGACGGAUUCGCUCCCCUCUGAAGAAUUUUCUUGUUUUCCAGUCUUUUCCUAUUAGAGAUAUUGUAGUUGCUAAAACAGAUUCACGUGUUAACCUUCACCAAAACUUAAGAAAAAACGUA